CAUAGGAAUAUAGAAAGAAACGCAAGCGUAGGAGCCAACUAGGGCUCGAAGUAGAGUUCCAUUGUUCGGUCUCCCACUGAAGAAUCAACACUUCACGUUCCUCUCUACCUGACGGUUAUCUAUUUGCGCCUGUACAUAUAUGCAUGUAUGCAUAUAAUUGCAUGUUUUUCCGUUUGGAAAUCAAUAAUUUCUGGUCGGCAACCGAGUUCCAUCUGCACUUGUUUAUCGUCACGGAAAUUUGCCGUCCGAGGUUACUCUCUCACAUAGCUCGUUUUCGUUUGGGACCACUUUGUUUCAGAUGAAAAGCUUAGCAAAUCAAUAUUGUUGGCAUGCUGAUCAAAAUAUGUAUAAAUUAAUAAUUUGUUGGUGUACGGCAUGGGUGUUGCAGAUCUUUAGUGGUCGGGAAUGAUUUGUGGUGUUGAAUUGAGUAUAAUAUGGACGUUGAACUGAUUGCUGUGGAAGAUGCAAACAUAGGGAACACUGCCAUUGCUGAUGAUGAAGAUGCUGAACUUAACAGUAGGGACAUGAAUACAGAUGGAAAUUCUAUGGCUCAGGAUGAGGAUGAGGAUACUGAGCCACAUCUGGGUAUGGAAUUUGAUUCUGAAGAUGCUGCGAAGACUUUCUAUGAUGAGUAUGCAAGGCAUGUAGGUUUUAGCACCCGUUUCAGACAGUGUAAACGUUCCAAGUCUGGGGGAGCAGUUAAUGCCAGGGAGUUUAUGUGCACCAGAGAUGGCUUAAAAAGGAGGACUGGUGAUAACUGUGAUGCAAUGUUAAGAAUAGAAUUAAAGGAUCAAAAUAAAUGGGUUGUGACGAAAUUUAUGAAAGAGCAUAGCCACUCUACAGUGAGUCCUAGUAAGGUGCAUUACCUGCGACCCCGUAGGCUUUUUGCCGGUGCAGGAAAGGUUAUGGAAGAAAGUGAGCAAGGAGUGGGAAUUGUCCCAAGUGGUGUUAUGUAUGUGUCCAUGGAUGGAAACUAUUCACAGACAAAUCAUGGAGCUAGGAGUGCUUCUCCUGCAGAAUCAAAUCUUAAGAACACAGGGCCAGUGAGUUAUGCUGCUAAACCUACUAGUCUAAGGAGGACACUAGGAAGGGAUGCUCAGAAUCUGCUUGAUUAUUUUAAGAAAAUGCAGGCUGAGAAUCCUGGUUUCUACUAUGCUAUACAACUUGAUGAUGACAAUCGCAUGGCCAAUGUAUUUUGGGCAGAUGCAAGGUCAAGAUCUGCUUAUAGUCAUUUUGGGGACACUGUUACAUUGGAUACUGUGUACAAAGUGAACCAUUAUAAGGUACCAUUUGUUCCAUUCACAGGGAUAAACCAUCAUGGCCAGACAGUUUUGUUUGGUUGUGCAUUGCUCCUAGAUGAAUCUGAGGUUACAUUCACAUGGCUGUUCAAGACAUUUCUUGCUGCAAUGAGAGAUCAAGCCCCUGUUUCUGUUAUCACAAACCAGGUCAAAGUCAUACAGGCAGCGCUUAAGCAGGUAUUUCCUAAGACCCGUCACUGUAUUAAUAAAUGGGAUGUGUUAAGAGAAGGCCAGCAAAGGUUGGCCCACAUAUGUCGAGCACAUAUUAAUUUUCAGGUGGAACUGUAUAAUUGUAUCAACUUGACCGAAACAGUUGAGGAAUUUGAAUUGUCUUGGGAUUCUAUCCUUGAUAAAUAUGAUCUCAGGAGGAAUGAUUGGCUUCAGUCAUUAUAUAAAGUACGAGAACAAUGGGUUCCAGUGUAUUUCCGGAAUUCCUUUUUUGCUGCUAUUUCUCCAAACCAAGGAUUCCAAAGUUCCUUUUUUGAUGGUUAUGUAAAUCAACAGACAACUUUACCUAUGUUCUUUAGGCAGUAUGAAAGAGCUCUAGAGCAUUCAUUUGAAAAGGAAAUAGAAGCAGAUUUUGACACAAUUUGCACCAUGCCAGUCCUGAGGACCCCGUCACCUAUGGAGAAACAAGCAGCAAAUCUCUACACCAGGAAAAUAUUUGCAAAAUUUCAAGAUGAGCUAGUUGAGACCUUUGUGUAUACUGCGAAUAGGAUUGAGGGCAAUGGGUCUAUCAGUACCUACAGGGUUGCAAAAUUUGAGGAUGACAGAAAAGCAUAUAUUGUCACAUUGAAUGGGCCAGAGAUGAGAGCAAAUUGUAGCUGCCAGAUGUUUGAGUAUUCAGGCAUUCUUUGCAGACAUAUUUUGACAGUUUUCACUGUUACCAAUGUGCUUACACUUCCAUCUCACUAUAUAUUGAAACGUUGGACUAGAAAUGCUAAAUGUGGAGUUGGAUCUGAUGAACGCAUUGAUCAACUACAAAGCCAGGAAUCACUAAUAUCGCGGUACAACAAUCUUUGUAGAGAGGCAAUCAAAUAUGCAGAUGAAGGGGCUACUGCUCCAGAGACCUUUAACGUGGCUAUGGGUGCUCUUAGGGAAGGUGUAAAAAAGGUGGCUGCUGUAAAAAAGAAUGUAGCAAAAGUUGCACCUCCUAGCAAACAGGUUAGUGGGGUCAGUUCUGAUGACAGGAGGACCUCCACUUCAGCUUCAGACAUGACCCCUUUACUUUGGCCGCGACAAGAUGAAAUCACUCGUCACUUUAAUCUUAAUGAUACUAGCAUUCCUACUCAAUCAGUUGCUGAUUUGAAUUUUCCCCACUUGGCCCCUGUUUCUGUCCAACGCGAUGAUGGUCAUUCUGAUAAGAUGGUGGUUCUUCCUUGUCUGAAGUCAAUGACUUGGGCAAUGGAGAAUAAGAAUUCAACACCUGCAAAUAGAGUAGCCAUUCUCAAUCUGAAGUUGCAAGAUUAUAGCAGGGCAACAUUAGGGGAAUCAGAGGUUAAGUUUCAGCUCUCUAGGGUCAAUUUAGAGCCAAUGUUGAGAUCCAUGGCCUACAUGAGUGAGCAACUGUCUACCCCGGGUAAUAGGGUUGCUGUCGUAAAUCUGAAGCUUCAAGAUACUGAGACAACUUCAGGAGAAUCAGAGGUUAAAUUUCAGGUGUCAAGAGAUACAUUAGGUGCCAUGUUGAGAUCAAUGUCCUAUAUUCGUGAGCAGCUGUUGAAUGUGGCUGAAUUACAAUCGGAAACUCCAUCAAAAAAGCAAAGGAAGUAGAUGCCAGUGCCUGUUCUGCAACACGGUGUCUGAUCGUCUAGGUGCUGGAUGGUGUUUGCCUGUUUCAUUUGUCUACACUGUUCAGUCAACAGUCCGUCAUUUUAAGUUGCCUAGCAUCUCUUGGCUAUCCAUGUAAGCCUGGUACUUGCAUAUUUGUACAUGUAUCUUUAUAAAAGCAAAGAACCCUAGCAUGAGAGUUUCAUGAUUGGGAUGUAAAUGUAUGGUUUGCAUUUGGGGGAAGAGAAGUCAGUUGAUGUAUGCUUUCUCUAGAUUUUUUUUUCUUUGCAGGAAAGUGAUGGUAAAUCUGGUGAUGUGCGCUAGGCUCCGCCUGUUAUGUGCAUAUAAUUUAAGGGAAGAGCUCUGGUUUCCGUAACUUUGUAAUCAGCUGCAUUUUGUAUAUUUGUGGAGUACUUUUGCCGAUUGA